CUGCAGAAAACGACGAUGUCAUUUUGUCUCUCACUAACCAACUCUCACAUUACUCCGCUCAUCGCUCCGGUUCGUCCCAAGUACCCACGCGCCGUCGCCGGCGAGUCAACCAUGGCGGCCAACUCGCUCCGAGUCGCCGCCGCCCAGAUGACCUCCAUCAACGACCUCGCCGCCAACUUCGCCACCUGCUCCCGCCUCGUCAAAGAGGCAGCUGCUAGUGGAGCUAAAUUGAUUUGCUUCCCUGAAAGCUUCUCCUUUAUUGGGGCUAAAGAUGGGGAUAGUCUCAAAAUAGCUGAACCUUUAGAGGGCCCAAUAAUGAAACAGUACUGCUCUCUUGCAAGGGAAUCUGGGAUUUGGUUGUCACUAGGAGGGUUUCAGGAAAAGGGGUCUGAUGAUGAGCAUUUGUUUAACACCCAUGUUGUGGUUGAUGAUGCUGGCAACAUCAGAAGCACUUACAGAAAGAUUCACUUGUUUGAUGUGGAUACUCCUGGUGGGAGGUCAUACAAGGAAAGUAUCUUUACAGAAGCAGGGAAGAAUGUUGUUGCAGUAGAUAGCCCUGUGGGACGUUUGGGUUUGACAGUUUGCUAUGACCUGAGAUUCCCAGAGAUUUACCAGCUGCUCAGGUUCCAACAUGAGGCACAGAUUCUGUUAGUACCUUCAGCCUUUACCAAAGUAACUGGUCAGGCACAUUGGGAGGUUCUUCUUCGUGCUCGUGCAAUUGAGACUCAAUGUUAUGUAAUAGCUUCUGCACAAGCUGGAAAGCAUAAUGAUAAAAGAGAAAGCCAUGGCGAAACUUUAAUUAUUGAUCCAUGGGGAACAGUUGUUGGUCGACUACCUGAUACUUUGUCAACUGGGAUUACUAUAGCUGAUAUUGAUUUCUCAUUGAUCGAUUCAGUGAGAGCAAAGAUGCCAAUUGCCAAGCAUCGGAAACCUGUUGAGUUCUGGAAAUCUGCAUCUCUAUGAUCUUUACAUGCUUUCUCCUGUUUGCCCUGUUACUCAAAAGGAUAGCCAGAAAAAAGAGAAGAAACUACUGUUGCACUUGUAAAUGAAGAAUAAUGGCAGAAAUUGAAGAUCUGUUCACCAAAUAUACAUGUCUCUACUUUCUUUAUUUUCAAAACACAUGCUUGUACUUUACAAAAUAUGUAUUCUAUUGAUCAGUUUGAAAGAUUGGGAUAAGCAGGAUUUUCCAAAUUUAAAAUAGCAGUUUUUUUUUCUUUCCCUA